AAGCAGCCAAAUUGGCAGAUUAUGUUGGUGGUGCCGGCACCAAAGUUAAAGGAACAGUAAAAGAACAAAUUGGCUCAACUAUUGGCAAUGAGCGAUUGGAAGCAGAGGGUGCUGCCACCAGAAUCGAAGGCGAUGAUAAAAUGACAAAGAAUAGUUAA